UUAGCCACUGUAGCAUGGUGGGGGAAAAGGGUGUUUCAUAAAGAAAGUAUGAAUAUUUUCCCCGUUUCUUUUUGCCUUCUCUCCAUUAAGUCGAAUGAAGGCGAAAACCGACACCUUUGCAGCCUGAAUGGACAAUGUUUUAUGUACGAACCGGUCCACGGGGGAUACGAGUGUAUAUAUAGCUGGCUGCAUACAUUCCCUUUCGAUGGUAAAAUGACAUGACUCUAUCGACAUCGUUUCUAUGUGACACAACCGGGGGCCAUGUGUAGAAGUAGAUGACAGUGCAACCAAAACAAGAAUCAACACAAAUACAAGAGGGGCGCCAUAAAGCUCAGAUCAGUCUCCUGUGUAUCGACCCUCUGAAUGGUCAUUAUCUAACUCCAAGAGCAGCUGUCACUCAGUCCCUUCUGAGAUUGAGAGAGCGCUCAGCUGUUUCGCAUGAAACAAGCGCUCACUUACUUCAGUUGAGUCCAUCGCACACUAGACAAGGCUACAUCUCCACGUUUCGGACACUGCACCUCUUCCCACCAUCCAGCCGUCCACUCCUCUGCUUCAGCGAACAUGUACGGCAGCGCCCGUUCCGUUGGCCGAGCGGAUGCCAACCACAGCGGAGGAGGGAGAGACGCUGGGAGGGAUGGGGGGAGCAGCCAGGGUUCUGGGCGCUCCCCUUGUCUCCCCCGCUCACCACGGAUGGGUCACCGUCGCACCAACAGCACGGGGGGCAGCGGAGGAUGUCCAGGAGGAGCGGGGGGUAAGACCCUCUCCAUGGAGAACAUCCAGUCCCUCAAUGCAGCCUACGCCACCUCAGGACCCAUGUACCUGAGCGACAACGAGGUCGCCAUGUCCGACCGAGUUAACAAGAGCGGUCGGGAGAUGACCACAAUGGGGCGACAGAGGGUGACAUACGGGUCAAGGGCGAGCGCAGGUGGGGGUGGAGGCGUGGCAGCCAGCACACCAAACAUCGCCACGUCGGCCCCAGCCAACGCUGUGCUCCCUGGGGGAAUGAUGGCAGGUGACUCCCUGGCUUUUGGGGAUCACCACAUGGCCUCUACGGUGCCACACUCCCUGAGACAAGCCCGGGAUAACACCAUACUGGACCUGCAGGCCCAGCUCAAAGAGGUUCUGCGUGAGAAUGAGUUGCUGUGUCGUGAGGUGGAGGUGAAGGAGAGCAAGCUGAGUUCCUCCAUGAACUCCAUAAAGACCUUCUGGAGCCCUGAGCUGAAGAAGGAGAGAGCCCUAAGGAAGGACGAGGUGUCCAAGAUCACUGUCUGGAAGGAACAAUACCGCGUGGUGCAAGACGAGACACAGCACCUCCACAUGACAGUCCAGGCCUUGCAGGAUGAAUUGAGGAUCCAGAGAGACCUGAACCAGCUGCUCCAGCAGGACCCUGCCAGCCAGGGUCGCGAACUGGCCCUGAACUCUGAACCCACGGAGGAGAACUACCGGCGGCUUCAUGGGGACCACGAGCGUCAGGCCAAGGAGCUGUUCCUGCUCAGAAAGACCCUGGAGGAGAUGGAGCUGAGGAUAGACACCCAGAAACAGACCCUGGGUGCCAGGGACGAGUCCAUCAAGAAACUGCUGGAGAUGCUGCAGAGCAAAGGGCCGUCGGCUAAGGCCUCAGAGGAAGACCAGGAGAGAACCAGGAGACUGGCUGAUGCUGAGAUGCACAGACACCAUCUAGAGUCCCUACUGGACCAGAGAGACCGGGAGACGACUGCUCUACGAGAGGAGCUGCAUCGUCGAUACGAGGGAACCCCAGAGUCCACCAAAACCAAGGCUCUACAGACAGUCAUCGACAUGAAGGAUGCUAAGAUCAACUCUCUGGAGCGAGGUCUGAGGGACAUGGAGGAGGAGGUGAUGAUGCUCAAGUCCAACGGCCUGCUGAGCUGUGAGGAGAGACAGGAGGAUAUGAAACAGAUGGAGGUCUACCGCAGCCACACCAAGUUCAUGAAGAACAAGAUGGACCAAGUAAAGCAGGACAUGUCCAGGAAGGACACAGAGCUGCUAGGUUUACAGACCAAGCUGGAGACUCUGACCAACCAGUUCUCUGAUAGCAAACAGCACAUCGAGGUCCUCAAGGAGUCGCUGACCGCUAAAGAACAACGAGCUGCCAUCCUACAGACAGAGGUGGAUGCGUUGCGUCUGCGUCUGGAGGAGAAGGAGACCACGCUGAACAAGAAGAGUAAACAGAUCCAGGAGAUGUCUGAGGAGAAGGGCACGCUCAACGGAGAGAUCCACGACCUCAAGGACAUGCUGGAGGUCAAGGAGCGCAAGGUCAACGUCCUGCAGAAGAAGAUUGAGAACCUGCAGGAACAGCUGAGAGACAAGGAGAAGCAGAUGAGCAGCCUGAAGGAGCGAGUGAAGUCUCUACAGACAGACACCUCUAACACAGACACAGCUCUUAACACACUGGAGGAGUCCCUCGCUGAGAAGGAGCGCAUCAUCGAGCGUCUGAAGGAGCAGAGAGACCGAGACGACAGGGAGAAGACUGAGGAGAUCGACAGCAACAAGAAAGAACUGAAGGAUCUGAAGGAGAAAGUCAGUCUGCUGCAGGGAGAUCUGUCUGACAGAGAGACCAAUCUGUUGGACCUAAAGGAGCAUGCAUCAUCCCUGGCCUCCUCGGGGCUGAAGAAGGACUCCAAGCUGAAGAGUAUGGAGAUCUCUCUGGACCAUAAGAAGGAGGAGUGUCUCAAACUGGAGAACCAUCUUAAGAGGGCCCAGAAUGCGACUUUGGAGGCCAAGGCGAACACGGAGCUGUCGGAACGCAUCACCUCCCUGGAGCAGGAAGUGACCCGACACAGAGAGGAUUCUGGCAAGGCUCAGGCGGAGGUGGACCGGCUGCUGGAGAUCCUGAGAGAGAUGGAGAAUGAGAAGAACGACAAGGACCGCAAGAUCAACGAGCUGGAGAAGCAGACCAAGGACCAGAGUAAGAAGGUAGCGUCCCUGAAACAUAAGGAGCAGGUGGAGAAGAGUAGGAACGCCCGACUGGUGGACGAAGCUAAAAAGAGAGAGGACAACAUCUCAGAGAGCUCUCAACAGGUCAAGGACUCUCUGCGGUUGAAGACUGAGCGUAUCGAGGAGUUAGAGGAGGCUCUGAGGGAGAGUGUUCAGAUUACAGCAGAGAGAGAGAUGGUGCUGGCACAGGAGGAAGCUGCCAGGAACCACCAGGAGAAACAGAUUGAGGAGCUGCUGGGGGCCAUGGAGAAGGUCAAACAGGAGCUGGAGUCUAUGAGGGCCAAGCUAUCAUCUACCCAACAGUCCCUGUGUGAGAAGGAGACUCACCUCACCACUUUGAGGGCCGAACGCAGGAAACACCUGGAGGAGGUGCUGGAAAUGAAACAGGAGGCGCUGCUGGCAGCCAUCAGUGAGAAGGACGCCAACAUUGCCCUGCUGGAGCUGUCCUCAUCCAAGAAGAAGAAGACGCAGGAUGAGGUGGCUCUGCUAAAGAGAGAGAAGGACCGUCUGGUACAACAGCUCAAACAGCAGACUCAGAACCGUAUGAAGCUAAUGGCAGACAACUAUGAGGAUGACCACUUGAAGACCGCUCCCGACCAGACCAAUCACAAACCUUCUCCAGAUCAGAUGAUCCCCCUCUCCUGUCCCUGAGUGAGAAUCGCAAUAAGCUUAAGCUCUACAUUGCCCACUUGACUGACCUCUGCCACGACCGAGACCCCAGCAUCCUCAGCGUCCUGACCCCACCCCCCCAC